UCGACCCUGCCCACCGUCUGCUAAACGCAGAGCACAAUUGAAGAAGCAGACGCAGCCCGGGUUUACACUGAUCGUACUGAUUCAGGUCAGCUGCAAAGACAUUUUGUUUUAUUCGUUUCAAUAUUUCUAACUGGCUGUAGUGUUAGGCCAAAGUAUUAACGAGUGGAAUACAUUCGUAUAUGAAAUUGCAGCAACAUGGCGAACGCAUUGAUGAACGGUGCAUCAUUCACUUUCCUUCUUUGCGCGUCGGCCGUGGUCUCGGCAGAGCUUCGCUACUCGAUACCCGAGGAAACUGAUCUCGGGACCUUUGUGGGGAAUAUCGCUGAGGAUUUAAGAUUAAAUGUUUGGGAGUUAUCGGUUCGCAAAGUCAAGUUGGUGUACGAUGAAAUGAAUCAAUACCUGCAGGUAAACGCGGACAAUGGUGAUUUAUUUGUGAGUGAAAGAAUUGACCGAGAGCAUCUGUGUAGACAAAGCCUUGCCUGCUCCCUUUCUUGUCAAAUUGUGCUCUACGACCCCGAGGAAAUGCACAGUGUAACCGUUGAAAUCUUGGACAUAAACGAUAAUUCCCCAUUUUUUCAGAAGGAUGAAUUCUCCUUGCAGAUCAGUGAGCUAAUUACACCGGGUGCGCGCUUCCCGUUGAAGAGCGCGCGCGAUCCCGAUGUUGGUACGAAUGCAGUUAACACUUACGAGAUCAGUCCAAGCGAGCACUUUGUUAUUAAGGUGCAGUCAAGACGCGGAGGGAGUAAGACUGCCGAGCUGCAAUUGGAAAAACCGUUGGACCGUGAACAGCAGGCAACCUUUCAACUCACGUUAACCGCCCAUGAUGGUGGGACGCCUUGCAGAUCAGGCACGGCUCGGAUUAUCAUUGCUGUUGUGGACGCGAAUGAUAACGCUCCUGUAUUCGAUCGUGAAUCCUACACAGUAACUUUAGCAGAAAACGUCCCAAAAGGAAGACUGGUGACCACAAUCAAUGCUAAAGAUGUGGACGAAGGCAGCAAUGCUGAACUCACCUACAGUUUCACAGAUCACGUUCCUCAAUUGAUUCGCGAGUUGUUCAGACUGGAUUCGCAAACCGGACAGAUUAGAGUUGAGGGAACGCUAAACUUUGAGAAAUCCUCUUAUUACGAACUUGAUGCGCAGGCACUGGAUAAUGGUUCACCUGCUUUGACAGCACACACAAAGGUCAUCAUCACAUUGUCUGAUGUGAACGACAAUGCUCCUGUAAUACACGUAAUCUCGUCUUCCAGCACUGUUCAAGAAAAUGCGCAGCCUGGGACGAUGGUUGCUACAAUCAGGAUAACCGAUUUAGAUUCUGGGGAAAAUAGCAAGAUUCACUGCCAGAUACCCAAAGAGUUGCCGUUCAUCCUUCAAAAAUCUUCGAGGAAUGACUAUAGGUUGGUUACUCAUGAAGGUUUGGAUCGUGAAACUACCGCAAAAUAUAACAUCUCUAUUUUGGCCUGGGAUAACGGUUCGCCUCCUCUUUCAACACAAAGAACUAUCUUGAUUAUUGUGUCUGAUAUAAAUGACAACGCGCCUCAGUUCACACAAUCAUCAUAUAACGCGUAUGUCACAGAAAACAAUACGCCCGGUUCUUCCAUAUUUUCGGUCUCUGCAUUAGAUUUAGACAUCGAUACAAAUGGUGAGGUGAUAUAUACUGUUCUGGACAGCAUAAGGGAUCAGCGUUCUGUAUCCAGAUUUGUCACUAUUAAUUCCAAAAUUGGCAACAUUUAUGCAUUGAUUUCUUUUGACUAUGAGAAUCUGAAACACUUCCAACUCAACGUUCAAGCUCAGGACUCUGGAUCUCCCCCAAUGAGUAGUAUUGCUACCGUAAACAUGAUUAUUUUGGACCAAAAUGACAACAUUCCAAAAAUAGUUUCACCUCUGAUAUUGAACGAUUCAACAUCAGUGGAGAUUGUGCCUCAGUCACUAUAUCCAGGCUAUUUGGUCACCAAGAUAAGCGCGACGGAUGCAGAUUCGGGUCAAAACGCAAGACUUUCCUAUCAGUUACUGGAACUCACUGAUCCCAGCUUGUUCACUGUGGGUAUUCUCUCCGGUGAAAUCAGAGCAACUCGAAGUUUGAGAGACCAAGAGUUGAUCACAAGCAGAAUAGUCGUCUGUGUGAAGGACAAUGGACAACCGAGCCUCUCCAGUACAGCGAUAAUAUUUUUCUCAAUUCUGCCCAACAGUACGGUACCACCUUAUGAAAGAUCAAUCGAGCUGCGAGAAUGGAACCUCAAUCUCUAUUUAAUCAUCGUCUUAGGUUCGACAUCCUUCCUGUUUCUGGCGACUAUUAUUUUUUUGGUGAUGCUGAAAUGUAAACAAGAUAGAAAUAUUGACGAAGUUUACAGAUCGAGAUUCUGCUGUUCCGAUCCCAGGAAUUUGGAUAGCGCUUUUACUGCGAGUAGUAAUGUAACCGAAGAUCCAAGGUAUGUUAGAUCUGGUCAUUCCGAAGGUUAUCGUUACCCUGUAUGUUUAUCACCAGAAUCUUCGAAAAGUGAUUUUUUAUUUUUAAAGCCCUGUCAUUCUACCUUGCCUCUCAACGAGCUGAGUGUCUUGCAGAACAGUACAAGAUCAGGCCUUGAGCAGGGGUUGCAUAAUCCUGGCAGCUGCUGGCACGAAGUGCUUGUACAAGUUGACCAUGCCAACAAACUCUUGGAGUCCUUUCACAGUAGAGAGUUUGGCACACUUGCGGAUGGCAUCGACCUUGGUUGGGAGUGGGAGUGCUCCAUGCUGGUUGAUGUGGUGGCUGAGGAAGUUGAUGGAAGUAAGGCCAAACUGACACCUGGCAAGGUUGAUGGCAGGGCCAUGCUCGUGGACCCGCUGGCAGAGCAGCCGGAAGUGUGCGUGGUGUUCCUGGCGAGAGCGGCUGGCGACGAGGCUGUCGUCGAGGUAGAUGAACAUGAAGUCCAGCCCGCGGCCCACCGUGUCAAUGAGCCGGUAGAAAGUUUAGGCGCCGUUCUUGAGGCCGAGAGGCAUGCGCAGGAACUUAAAGAGCCCGAACGGGGCGAUGAAGGCCGUCUUAGGGAUGUCGUCUGGGUGGACCUGAAUCUGAUGGUAGCCGCGUACCAGGUUGAUCUUGAAAAAUACCUUGUCACCGUCCAGGUUUGCUGUGAAAUUUCGGACGUGAGGGACAGGGGCGAACAUUUAUUUCAUGUGCAUCGAUGGUUUGCGGUCGCCAAGGCCAUCCAUGUGCAGGCGUUUUGCUGCCCUGUCGCUGUAGCUGAGACCGAAUGUGUACUUGAGGACCGUCUUGAUCCCUUCGUACUUGUUGUCGGCUGGUGGCUGGCGGAGGUAAUCGAUGAGGCUCCCGGCGGAACAAUGGCGACUGCAGCUAGCGACGCGGUGCAUUUUAUCUCUCUGCUCAUUCUGUCGGGCCAUGUUGCGGGACGAAUUCGCUACUCUAUUCAAGAGGAGCUGGAGCAAGGGGCAUUUGUUGGUAAUAUCGCCGAGGAUUUAAACAUUGGGAUUUCGGAAUUGUGGACAAGAAGGUUUCGUCUGAUUUCCGAUGAUACGAAAAAAUAUCUGUCUCUAAACCUGGAAAAUGGGAUUUUAUUUGUCAGUGAGCGAAUUGACAGGGAACAGGUUUGUGGCGAACGCUCUCUUUGUUCCCUUACCUACAAAAUAUCGCUGGAUAAUCCUCCGGAAAUGCACAGUGUUGCCGUGGAAAUAAUUGAUGUAAAUGACAAUCCACCUCGCUUUUCUAAAGACGAAUUUUCUUUACGGAUUAAUGAAGUAAUUGCACCAGGAGCGCGCUUCCCACUUGAGAGCGCGCACGAUCCGGAUGUGGGCACAAAUACUAUCAGCACUUACCAGAUUAGUCCAAAUGAACACUUUGAUCUCAAAUUGCAGAAAAUAAGUAAUGGAGACGUAAUCGCCGAAUUAUCAUUGGAAACAUCACUGGACCGAGAAGAGCAGCCCACAUUUUAUCUUGUACUGACGGCCAUUGAUGGUGGGAUUCCCCAGAGAACCGGUACUGCUCAAAUUAUAAUCACUGUUGUGGAUAUGAAUGAUAAUGCUCCUGUAUUUGACCAUGAAUUAUACAGAGCUAACAUACGAGAAAACUCUCCCAAGGGUACGUUGGUGACGAAGGUGAGUGCUGCUGAUUUAGACGAAGGUACAAAUGGUGAUCUCGUGUAUUCUUUCACCAGCCACACGUCACCGUCGACUCGAGAAUUAUUCAACUUAGAUCCUGUAACUGGAGAGAUCAGAGUUGAAGAAGUAUUAGAUUUUGAAAAGGCACAUAUUUAUGAACUUGGUGUAGAAGCUACGGAUAAAGGCCCAUACGCACUAGUAGGGCAUACCAAGAUUAUGGUUCGAUUAAUUGAUAUGAAUGAUAAUGCACCCGAGAUAGAGGUAGUGUCCUCAUCCAAUACGGUUCCUGAAGAUGCGCAAAUUGGAACAAUGUUAGCCGAAAUCAGCGUAAGUGAUCCUGAUUCUGGCGAAAACGGGCAAGUGCAGUGCGGUGUUGAUAAAAACAUACCAUUUAAACUUCAAAAGAUUUCAAGCAACAAUUAUAAUUUGGUGACGAGUGAUGCUUUGGAUCGAGAAACGGUCUCAGCUUAUAACAUUUCAAUUUCCUCGUGGGACCGAGGUUCUCCUCCCCUUUCAGCAAGUAAACAUAUACUAAUCACCGUUUCCGACGUAAAUGAUAAUGCACCGAGUUUUACCCAAUUCACAUACAACGUGUUCCUAAUGGAGAAUAACAGACCUGGUGCUUCCAUAUUUGCUGUUACUGCAUUAGAUGCAGAUUUGGAUCUGAAUGGUAUGUUAACGUAUUCGGUGGUGGAUAGCAGGAUACAAGAUGUUUCAGCAACGCAUAUUGUUACAAUUAACUCUAAGAGUGGAAAUGUUUUCGCAGUGCGUUCUUUUGACUACGAAAACCUAAAGCAAUUCAGGAUCAAAGUUAAAGCUGAAGAUGCUGGAUUCCCCAAGCUGAGCAACACAGCCAAUGUAAAUGUUAUUAUUUUAGAUCAAAAUGACAAUGCACCAGUGAUUGAUUCGCCUUUAAUGUGGAACAAUACAGCAUCAUUGGAGAUUGCUCGUCAAUCGUUAUAUCCAGGAUACUUGGUCACUAAGAUAAUCGCAAGUGAUGCGGAUUCAGGGCAGAACAUGCGCCUUUCCUUUCAAAUUUUGGAGGCCACCGACAAAAGCCUAUUCAAUCUUGGGCCACACUCUGGGGAAAUUAAGACUGUGAGAAAUUUGAAGAUUGAAGACGCCACCAAUCAAAGGAUGGUAAUUCACGUCAUGGACAACGGACAGCCGCGCCUCUCCAGCACAAUCACCAUCAUUCUAUCAGUUUUGGCGAAUAUUACUGAAAAAAUGUCCUCAGAAUUGCACCAACAUAGGAAUCGCAGAACAAUGACGACAGAACUCCGCCACGGAUUGUCCUUUCUUCAUCUUGUGUGCAUCUUGCAUCUUGUUUGCGGACAAAUUCGGUACUCCAUUCCCGAGGAGCUGGAGCUCGGUGCCGUCGUUGGGAAUAUCGCUGAGGAUUUAGGCCUAAGCAUUCGAGAAAUGACCGCACGAAAUUUCAGACUAGUCUUCGAUGACCCGAUUCAGUUAUUGAAGGUAAACACACAUAACGGCAUAUUGGGUGUGAACGAGCGAAUCGACAGGGAUACUCUUUGCAGCGAAAGUUGGACUUGUUUUGUUUCUUAUGAUGCAUCUUUAGAAAAUCCAUUGGAGGUACAUCGCGUUAACGUGGAGAUCUUGGACAUAAAUGAUAAUGCGCCGAGAUUUACGGAAGAUAAGUACCAUUUAUAUAUCUCUGAAUUAACCUCAACAGGCACUCUCUUUGCUCUUGAGAGAGCGUACGAUGCAGAUAUGGGAACAAAUGCAGUCGCCUCAUACAAAAUCAGCUCAAACAAGCACUUCGGUCUGAAGCAACAGAAAGCAGACGAUAAAAUUACAGAGUUGUGGCUAGAAAACCCCUUAGACCGUGAGAAGCAGUCGACAUUGCAUUUAAUAUUGACGGCCAUUGACGGUGGAAUUCCUCCGAGAUCAGGCACAGCGGAAAUUGUAAUAACUGUCCUAGAUGCCAAUGAUAAUGCGCCAGUAUUUGACCAUCACAUAUAUAGGGUUAAUGUUGUAGAGAAUGCGCAUUCAGGUACCAUGGUAAGCACGGUACAUGCUGCCGAUUUGGACGAAGGCGCGAAUGGUGAAGUAAAAUACUCAUUCAGUAACCAUGUUUCUCAAAAUAUCCGAGAGUUGUUCACUUUAGACUCCAAAACUGGACAGAUUUGUGUGAAGGGUCCACUGGACUAUGAAGGAAAAAAUAUUUACGAGUUUGAGGUGCAGGCAGUUGACAAAGGGGUACCGCCAUUAGUCGGGCGCGCCACAAUUAUUAUUGGAUUCACUGACAUUAAUGAUAACGCUCCGGAAAUAAGGCUGACCUCGGUAUCCAACAAUGUUCGUGAAGAUGAUGCCAUCGGGACUGUAGUCGCUAUAAUAAGUGUUAUGGAUCGUGAUUCUGACGAGAAUGGGCAGGUACAUUGUCAGAUUCCUACCGAUAUCCCGUUUAAACUUCAGAAGUCUUUGAACAACCAGUUUAAGUUGAUAAUUGACGGUGCACUGGACCGAGAAAGUACUCCGUUGUAUAAUAUUUCUAUAACAGCAUGGGACGCAGGCCAACCAUCUCUUUCCACAAACAAAACAUUGCUAAUUUCAGUAUCAGAUAUAAAUGAUAAUAUGCCGAAGUUUACACAAUCGCCGUACAGUGUGUUUCUGAUGGAGAACAACACACCAGGCGGAUCUAUAUUUACUGUUACAGCUUUGGAUCCUGAUUUGGACAAGAAUAGCGAGGUGUCUUAUUCACUUCUGGAGAGUUUAACUGAAGAUGAUUCUUUGCCUGGUGCGAUUACCGUUAACUCGGAAACUGGAUGUAUUUACGCACUACGCUCCUUUGACUAUGAAAAACUGAAGAAUUUCCAGUUCCAAGUUCAAGCUUCUGAUGCUGGAUCUCCUUCAUUGAGCAACACUGCUACAGUGAAUGUCAUAAUCUUGGACCAAAACGACAAUACUCCAGUUAUUGUUUCGCCUUCAAAAUGGAACAGUUCGAAAGUGACACAGAUUGCAACCCAGUCAGCAUAUCCUGGACUCUUGGUGCACAGGGUAGUUGCAACUGAUGCAGAUUCUGGACAGAAUGCACGCCUUUCCUACAAACUUUUGGAAGCGACAGAUCGCACAUUGUUCAGUGUGGGAUUUCCCUCUGGAGAAAUCAGAAUCUCUCGAAAUUUUAAGGAUCAAGAUAAACUUCAACAUAGACUUGAAAUUCUGGUGAAGGACAACGGGCAACCCAGUCUAUCAAGUACAGCCACAAUUCUGCUUGCAUUCCUGCCCAACGCUACGGGAAGCUUCUCUGAACUAACAAAUAAGCCAAUCGGUCCAGUUUAUUUUUCAGAAUUAAAUUUUAUGUUAAUCAUAGGUUUGGGAUCAACAUCUUGUAUAUUUCUAUUGAUAAUAGUCUUGCUCGUUAUUCUGAAGUGUACGCAAGAUAGCAAUGUGUAUGGAUAUAGUUCCAGAAUCUGUUGUUACGCCGGUGACAAUUCAGCUGCCGACUUUCAUCGCAGAGCUGUUCCUACACCAGUAUUAAAUUAUGCUGCUGGGCAGACGCUGCCCGUUCGGGAAUCGUACAAUUAUACAGUUGCGCUCUCCCCUGAUUCAUCCAGGAGUGAUUUCUUAUUUUUUAAAACGCACCAUCCCACCUUGCCUCUGGGUGAUUUCAAUGUUUGUGAUUCGAGAAAACGCCGAUUACCUGCAGGGCUCUUCAGCGAUGUGAAAGAAAAACGGACAUUUAUGCGUUCUGAAAAUACAUACAGUCUCGCAAUGGCGAACGUGCACGGCACAGCAUUGUAUGUUGUAUUGUUACUUCGUCUCGCCGAUUUGGUUUGCGGACAAAUAAAAUACUCUAUCCCCGAAGAACUGGAGAUCGGUGCCUUUGUCGGAAACAUUGCUGAGGAUUUGGGGAUAAAUGUUCGUGAAUUAUUAGUCCGAAGACUGCAACUGCUUCCUCGUGACAUGAGCCAUUAUUUCGCGGUAAAUACACAGACCGGAAUUUUAUCUGUUAGCGAGAGAAUCGACAGAGAACAGUUUUGCAUGGAAGCAUCGACAUGCUCCAUUUCGUUGGAUCUCGCGGUGGAAAAACCUGAUGUCAUAUUUCCAGUGGAGGUGGAGAUAUUAGAUAUAAACGACAAUUCGCCGAUGUUCACAGCCGACGUCAUUUCUUUGCAACUGUCUGAAUUACUUGCACCGGGAGCGCGCUUCCCUCUCGAGAGCGCGCACGACCCGGACGUUGGUUUAAACUCUGUCGCAAAUUAUCACCUGAGCCUUAAUGAUUUUUUCAGCCUUAGUGUUCAGACAAGAAAAGAUGGAAGUAAAAUCGCUGAAAUUGUUUUAGAGAAGCCCGUAGACCGCGAAAGAAAUCCUUCUUUAGAAUUAGUAUUGACGGCUGAAGAUGGUGGGAUCCCGCACAGGUCCGGUACUACUCAGGUUUUUAUUAGUAUUACAGACAUAAAUGAUAAUGCACCUGUAUUCGAUCAAGACAUAUAUAGGGUUGACGUAUUAGAAAAUGUACCGCUGGGUACACUGCUGAUAAAACUACACGCAAUGGAUUUAGACGAAGGCUCAAACACAGAAUUCAAAUAUUCCUUCAGCCAUUACGCCUCACAAAAAGUACGAACGUUGUUCAAUUUGGAUGCUGAAACGGGAGAGAUCAAAGUUGCAGGCCCAUUGGAUUUUGAAACGGCAUAUGAAUAUGAACUUGAUGUACAAGCUGUGGACAACCUGCCAAACGUGGGACAUGCUAAAGUUCUGGUUAGUAUCGUUGAUGUGAAUGAUAAUGCUCCCGACAUUAAGCUGACUUCAGCAAGGAAAGUGGUACUAGAGGAUGCAGUAACAGACACAGUAAUUGCUGUUUUUGAAGUAACCGAUAGGGAUUCUGGAGAAAACGGGCUCGUUCAGUGCCAAAUUCCAGUCAAUAUUCCAUUUAAGAUGGAACCGACUUUGCCUAAUCACUACAAAAUUAUGACCAGCAAGAAACUUGACCGUGAAACAAUCUCAGAGUAUAACAUAUCCAUUUCAGCACGCGAUGCUGGCUCGCCUUCACUUACUACAAUUGAAACCAUCACAGUUUCAGUAUCUGAUAUAAAUGAUAACGUCCCACGUUUCUCCAAAUCUUCAUACGACAUAUAUUUAAUGGAGAACAAUUUUCCGGGCGGUUCUGUUUCUUCGGUUACCGCUGUGGAUCCUGAUCUGGACGAUAAUGGAAACGUGGCCUAUUCUAUUCUGGAUGACAAACUCGAAAACGUACGCGACGCUUCCUACUUUGCAAUAAAUUCGAAACGCGGGAGCAUAUUUGCUCUGCGUUCUUUUGACUAUGAACAAACGAAGAAUUUCCAAAUAACAAUUUUAGCUCGUGAUGCUGGAUCCCCGUCAUUAAGCAGCACUGCUAUUGUGAGAUUUAUUAUCUUGGAUCAAAACGAUAAUAUUCCUUUUAUAAUUUCGCCAGCCACGUGGAACGGUACCGCGGCUUUCGCCGCUGUACCGCGCUCUAUAUAUCCCAACUACUUAGUCACCAAAGUAGUCGCAAACGACGAAGAUUCAGGGCAGAACGCGCGGCUUUCCUAUGAGAUUACAGAGGCCACUGAUCUCAAUCUUUUCACCAUGGGUCUUCACAAUGGAGAAAUCAGAACUACCCGAACUUUCACAGAAGGCGAUGGCCCCACACAGAAAAUUGUGGUCUUAGUGAAGGACAAUGGUCAACCAAGUCUUUCAAACACAGUUACAAUCAGUUUAUCAAUCACUGCGAACAGUACUGAAAGCCCGUCGGAGCGUACAAUUCAACAGAAAAAUGUGGAACAUUUUCCGGAUCUCAAUACAUAUUUAAUAUUAAUUCUAGGAUCAACCAGCCUCUUGUUUCUCCUAAUAAUCAUCUUAUUGGUGGUCAUCAAAUGCAAACAAGAUCGGAGUAAUGCUAUUUACCAGAGCUCUGCAACGUAUUGUUGCUGUAUGCGGAGAAAUUCCGAUGUCGCAUUUCAGGGAAGACCUGUCCCAAAUGAAUCACUAAAUUAUUAUAGAGCUGGGCAGGUGCAGGCUAAUUCAGAUCCUUAUCAAUAUACGGUUCGAUUAUCGCCGGAAUCGUCCAAGAGCGAUUUCCUGUUUCUAUCGACUUGCCAUCCGACAUUGCCACUAAAUCACAUCAGCACUGAUGAUUUAGCAUUUAAGUGUAUGUUACAAGAAUCGUGUAGACGGACGCUAAAAAUACUUGUGACACCGUCCAUCUUUCUUCUUUGUGCCUGGAUUCUCGUUUCGGGUCAGCUUCGUUACAGCAUUCCCGAGGAGGAAAAUCUUGGAACUAUCGUUGGUAAAAUUGCAGAAGAUUUAGGGCUAGCCGUGGAAGAACUACUACGUCGCAGAUUUCGUAUUGUUUCUGAUUCACCACCGCAGUAUCUGGAUAUAGAUCUAACUGCUGGAAUAUUAUUUGUGACUAAAACGAUAGAUAGGGAGGAACUGUGUCCGGAAAGCCUGCUCUGCAUCCUGCCUUUAGAAGCUCUAAUUGAACGUCCAGUGGAACAGUAUCGUGCUGAAAUCGAGAUAUUGGAUAUUAAUGACAAUUCUCCCAGAUUCCCGGUUAGUGAAAUACGUUUGGAAAUCGCUGAAUUCGCGAUACCCGGAGCGCGUUUUCCGUUACCAGAUGCGCACGAUCCUGACGUCGGGGUAAAUUCCAUUCGCACGUACCAGCUGUCAGCGAAUGACCAUUUUGUAUUAGAUGUUCAGAUCCGCGGGAAAGCAAAAAUCCCGGAAUUGAUAUUGACGAACACGAUCGACCGAGAGAGACAAUCGCUAUAUCGGUUAUUGCUCACAGCUUUGGAUGGUGGAUCUCCGCAAAGGACGGGCACGACCAAUGUAAUUAUUAAUGUGUUGGAUGCUAAUGAUAAUGCGCCGGUAUUCCAACAAUCCUUGUACGUUGUCGGGCUAAUGGAAAAUGUGCCAUCCGGCACUCUGGUGAUCAAACUUAAUGCAAGCGAUUUAGAUGCGGGAUCCAUUAACGACAUUGCUUAUUCUUUCAGCGGAUAUAAUAAAGCGCGGGUGAGCGAACUGUUUGCCAUUAAUCCUAUAUCGGGGGAGAUCACAGUUAAGGGAAUUUUGGACUUCGAGGAAACAAAUAAUUAUGAAAUUGACGUGAAAGCGAAGGACAUGGGGUUUCACCCUUUAUCCACACACUGCACGAUCCGAGUGAAUCUCAGCGAUGUGAACGAUAACGCUCCUGAUUUUGCCCCAAGUACUAUUCCUAAGAUAGUACGGGAGGAUUCGUCGACUGGAACAUUGCUAGCUUUAAUCAAUGUGAGAGACAGGGACUCUCAUGCAAACGGACACGUUGAUUGCACCAUCUCGCCAAAUCACCCGUUUGCUCUCAAAUCAUCAUUUAAAAAUUCAUAUAGGUUGGUGACAGAUGAUAUAUUGGAUCGGGAGCUAGCUUCUGAGCAUAAAAUCUCAAUUAAUUGCAAUGACCGGGAAUCUCCUCCGCUGUCCACCACCAAAACGUUUAUCAUACACAUUUCAGAUAUUAACGAUAACGCACCGAUGUUCCAGCUGCCUUCAUACACAGUUCACGUUAUGGAAAACCAUCCACCCGGGAGUUCCAUCGGAAGGGUGUCUGCUACGGACGGUGACAUAAAUUUGAACUCCUACCUUUCUUAUGCUAUCCUGGAGAGCGAGGUGCAGAAUGCGCCUUUAUCUUCCUAUGUCUCGAUCAACCCUGAAACAGGCGUUAUCUAUUCGCAGCGGGCAUUUGAUUACGAGCACGUUAAAAACUUCCAGUUCCGAAUCCAAGCGCAAGACAGUGGAAUCCCACCACUUUCCAACAAUGUUACUGUGAAGGUGGUUAUCCUUGAUCAGAAUGACAAUCCACCUGUGAUAAAAAAUCCAGAGUCAUCGAACUAUAGAAUGACAGCUAUACCACGAUCGGCAAGCCCAGGAUACCUAGCAAUCAAGAUUAUUCAUUCCGAUGCCGACUCUGGUCAGAAUGCACGCCUUUUCUAUCAUAUUCUAAGUGCUACUGAUCCUGGACUGUUUACAAUUUCCCGUAAUUCAGGAGAAGUUCGAACAGCUCGCUAUUUCAAGGACACGGAUGCCAUCAUACAAAAAAUCAUUAUACAUGUGAGAGACAAUGGCCAUCCUACGAUGUCCGCCACGACUACUGUUACCCUCUCAGUUGGUGAACAGAUCGCAGAAAUACGUUCAGACUUUGGAGAGUCAAACACGCAUUUACAGAAUUCAUAUGAUUUACCCUUUGUUAUCGUCAUUCCUUUGGGGAUAUUAUCAUUCUUACUUCUGGUCAUUAUAAUUGCCCUAUCUGUCGCAAUUUGGCCGAUUAACAGAAGGCCAACCUAUGCCAGAAGAAGACAUUGUGCGGCAUGCUGCUACGUCGAUGACUUGGAAUCCGAGCGCCAAAUACGGAACGCUCACCUUAAUCUGCAGUUUGCAUCUGAUCCAAAAAUGAUUACAAAUGUCCUGGAGGUACGAAGGGGCGGCUCCCUAGAUACAUACCACUGCAGAGUUCGCUCGACAGCUCAAGAAGAUGCAACUGCGUUUACGACACCGUUCUGUCCAACAACAGCAGAAUCUAAUGAGUGGAAUCACGGAAUAUCUGCGGAUCAGCUUUACGCGAAAGAAACCAGUGAUCACACUGAUAAACGCAAAAAAUUCCAGAAAACAUCUGCUUUCUGCAUAAAAAGUGCAUUUUACUACAUAUCUGAAUUGACGCCUGAAAACAUGAAUGCGGCACACCGAAAAGUAUGA